CCCCGGGAAUCUAGAGCAGCCAGGCCAGAGGGGCUGGUAGGUGACCAAUGGGACUCACUCUUCCCUCGGCAGGGCCCAGGAUGCCGUCGCCAGCGGGGAAGGAGGCUGCGCGCAGGGGCCCGCGGGAGCGAACAGGAAAGGGGUCCCGUGAGGAGCGCGCCAAGGGGCCGCCCGCGGCGGAGCCCCCCGCGCGGGGUUGGGCCCUAUCGCUGGAGGGACUGGCGGCCAUGCGCCCCCCGCAGCGUCACCGCCACCUGCUCUUCGGGGACCUGCUUGAGGACGUCGGCGCGGCCGCCUCCAUCUUCCCCCGCGAGUCGGUGGAGCUCGGGUACCGCAUGCCCGACCCGCGCGCGUGGACGCAGUCGCUGGAGCCGCCCGCGGUGCGCCAGGACCUGCUCCUCGGCGUCCUCAAGGCGGCCGAGGCCCGAGGACGCAUCCGAGCCCUGCGGCUGCGCUACAUCCGCAUGCGGGCGGAGGAGAUCUCGCUCCUCAUCUUGCAGCAGAAGUCCGCGCGCGCCGCCCUCCGGCUGGAGCUGUUCCUGCCGCCGCAGCUGAAGCCAACGCGGAUCCCGGACCCCUUGGACCGUCAAGAGGUGCCCACAGGCCCGGGAAGGGGCGGGGGGGGGCGCCCGCCUCCCCGCACACCUGGCCCCAGCCCCUCUCACCCACAGAGGAGGCGCGUGGAGACCAUUCUAGAGGAGAAAGUUGAUGGCAGCAUCUUCCCACGUUGACUGGGACCCACAGUGGGGGAAGGCGCCCCACCCUCCCACAUAAAGUACUCAUUGUCCAAGAGCCCCCUGGUCGUGACGCUGCCUCUGUCCAGGUUCCCUCCCCGGGAGGGAAGGGGAGAGUAUGGGUGCUGCCUCCCCCGCAUCCGGUGUCACAGACUCUGGAUACGUAGAGCAGGGCCCUUCCGACAAAGCCAGCCGGCUGGAGUCAGAGUAACAGAGGACGCCGGUAAUCCCUCAAAUCCCGCACUGCCCCCCUCAGGCAGCCUGGUGCCCUGCAAGUCUCCGAGAGCCCCCGGUCUGAGGGCACAGGAGGAAGAACUGCGCCGGGCAACUGUCACAACCCCAGAGUGAAGGGCAAACUCAGGGAGAACGUGGGACCCAAGUGGGACCCCAGAUUGUAGGUCAUUCCAUCAGGGGUCAGAGAGGAGGGUGCCAUUCUGGGCAGGACGAGUGACUGCACAAGCCAAAGGUGGCCUUUGGAGCGGGCUGUGCCCGGGAGGUCCUC